CUUCACCUCUCUCCAUCCCACCGCCUUCCCACCGCCUUCCCACCGCCUUCCCACCGCCUUCCCACCUCCAUCCCACCUCCAACUGACGGCUUCCUAUCCGGCAUCCAUUCAACUCGCACAUCGGCUGGCAAAGCCGGACAAACCGCCUAUAAAAUCCCUUCUACACCCCACUUAUCACCCCCUGCCUCCUGCCUCCUGCCUCCUGCUCCCACCCACUCUACUCGUCGGCCAGCCACUCAGCCGCCCAGCCGCCCAGCCACCCAGAAAGCCCAUUUCCACCUUCACCAACCCUCCGGCUCGAAGUCACACAGUCUGUCCCUUCUCGCGGCCAUUUGCGACUUUCUCUACUUGUGUCUCUCUUUAUCUAUAAAUCUAUCUGGCUCUCAUUGCUCCCCUUCAUUGGCGCUUCCACUCCGGUACACUCUCUGUCUCUUUGCCCCAGCCCUCGCCUACUCCCACCCCAUGCUCACCUCCACCCUUGCAACAGUAACAGCAACAGCAACAGCAACAGCAACAACAACAACCCCCUUUUCACAACCUUCCGGUGAGAUAAACUGUCCAUGUUCUGUCUCACCAUCUCGGCCGUCUAGCUUCGCCUGA